CCCUAGAUAUUAAGAUUUCUUUCAACAGAGAGAUUCGAGCCCACAACAUUUCAAAAAAAACUGAGCCCUUUCGUUUCAUCGUACAUCAACUGUUUCUUAGUCUUCCGUUUCUAUUUCUGGAGUAACUCCAGUCAAAACAACGGGAAACGAAAGCAGGAAAAUUGUUGAGGAAGAAAUAAAAAUUAACUGUUGGAGCAAUGAGUCGCGAAGAAGUUCAGCAACAGCAACAGGAGCGGCAGCAGUUGCCGACGCAGAUUCAAAAUAUUGUGGACAUUACAGAUGAGGAGGCCGCAGAAAUCAAGAAGCGCGCAAAUUAUCUGUCCCGUGUGGAUCCUUUUCUUGUUGUGUGCAAAUGCUUCAGUGUCAUUACGGUUCUCUGCGCACUUAUGUGCGUGGUUGUCAACGUGUUUUCUGCAAUUCGCUCCUUCAAAGACGGCUCAAACAUAUUUGACGGCAUCCUGAAAUGUUAUGCUGUUGUUAUUGCCCUGUUCCUGGUGGUGGCAGAGACUGAGUGGGAGCGAAUUUUGAAGUUCUGGCGAGUUCUACAGUACUGGGUAGGAAGAGGCAUGCUUAUAAUUUUUGUUGCUGUAAUGACGAAAGCUCUAUCUGAUACUAAUGGGGAGAAACAGGUCCUGGCUCUUUUUCAGGACAUUGCAAGCUACCUGCUUCUUGCUUGUGGAGUCGUAUACGUUAUUGGGGGAAUACUGUGCUGUGGGUCUUUGAAGCGUUCUCGUUUAAGCAAAGCAGUUUCAAGAGAUCAAGCAGCCAAAGAUUUGGAGGAAUUGGAGAAGCGUCGUGAUGAACUGCAAAGGUUGUUGCUUGAUAGAAAUUGAUGUUAUACCAUGCUGUGGAUUUUGAGAUAAAGAAGAUGGUACAUGUUAAGGAGUUUGUUUAUCUAAGUUUCAAACAAUAGUUAGUUUGUUUUAUUACUAAGACACACACGAUAAAGGAAAUAAAAAUGGAGCAUUGCCAGCCUUGCUAAGUGCCAAACUAAAUCAAAGGCGUAGAACAGAAUGGGAUGCACCUGGUACACGAGGAACAGAAUGGGGUUUCUUGUAACUUUUAGCUGUUCAUGGCCUAGAGUGUGGCAUCCUCUACAAGCGUAUGAAUAAAGGUUGUGCACAAACUAUUUGAAAUCAGGAAUAUCAACUGCAAGGGAUAUGUACUGGAGCAGGUAGCCUCAAACUGGACAAGAUUGAGAGUAGGAAUGAUCUUGUCGAUCCAAUCUGGACUUUUGAUGGGAAAAGAACCUUAUUAUAUCGACAUAAGAUCAAACCCAUAAUCAAACCCAUAAGACAUUUAUUAAAAGCGCAUUUU